AGAGAGAGAGCGAGAGUGUCCACUCUGUGUAUGAGAGAGAGAGGAAGUCAGACAUUCUGCUGUCACUGGCUAAAGUUCCAAAAGAAAAUCCCCAUCCCCAUGGCUGAUCUCUGCUCUGGCAGCUUCUACCGUUGAUGGCGGAGGCCGGGCUGAGGCCCUGAGCACGAGAGGCCGAAGCCUAGGCCAGAAGCCGGCGUGUGGGAGUCGCGAUGCCCCGCCGGGGGAAGCUGCUGGUCUGGGCUUUGGUGCUGUUUAUCGGCUGGAACGCGCUGGUGCUGCUGUUCGUGUUGGGCCGCCCCGGGUCAGGGCCGGGGUCCGGGGGAGAGGCCGAGCCUGGAGCCGGAGCCUGGGGCUGGGCUGGAGCCGCAGGAGAUCCCGAGGCCUUGGCCCGGGAGGUGGUCCGAUUGGCCGAGGACGUGGAGCGGGAGCUGGAGAGUCAGAAGCGGCUGCUCGAGCAGAUCGAGCGGCACCGGGGCCUGUGGCAAGGCCGAGGCCUGGCGGAGAGGCCGAGGCCCGGGGCUGGAGUGCGGGACGAGACCGCGGAGCAGCGCGAGGACCGCUUGGCCGACGAGGCCGCGGCGCGGGCUCUGGGCCUGGAGCCGGGGGCGGACGUGGAGCAGGUGCCGCUGGCGGUGCUGGUGUUGGGCUGCGACCGGGUGACGGUGACCCGCUGUCUGGACAAACUGCUGCGCUACCGCCCGGGCGGCGACUCGGCGGCGGCGCUGUACCCGCUGAUCGUCAGCCAGGACUGCGGCCACGCGGGCACGGCCCGGGCCAUCGCCGGGUACGGGUCGCGGGUGACGCGGCUGGUGCAGCCCGAGGCCGGGGACGUGGAGGCCCCGCCCGAGCAGCGGCGUUUCCAGGGCUACUACCGGAUCGCGCGGCACUACCGCUGGGCCCUGGGGCAGGUGUUCGGGCCGCUCGGCCACGUGGCGGCGGUGGUGGUGGAGGACGACCUGGACGUGGCGCCGGACUUCUACGAGUACUUCCGGGCGCUGCUGCCGGUCUUGGCCGCCGACCCGUCGCUGUGGUGCGUGUCCGCGUGGCACGACAACGGCAAGCGCGGCCUAGUGCAGCCGGGGCCCGGGGCCGGCGGCUCGCUGCUCCGCACCGACUUCUUCCCGGGCCUGGGCUGGAUGCUGCUCCGGGGCCUGUGGCUGGAGCUGGAGCCCAAGUGGCCGCUGGGCUUCUGGGACGAUUGGCUGCGGGAGCCCGGGCAGCGCCGGGGCCGCGCCUGCGUCCGGCCCGAGCUGUCGCGGACGGUGACGUUCGGGCGGCGCGGGGUCAGCGGAGGGCAGUUCUACGACCAGCACCUGCGGCACAUGCUGCUGAGCCCGGGCUUCGAGGCCUUCACCCGCCGCCGCCACCGCCUGGCCCGCGGCCUCCGGCAGCCCCGCUACGACGCCGACUUCACGGCCCGUGUGUACUCGGCCGCCGCCCUCGUGACGCUGGAGCAGCUCCAGCGCGAGGCCGAGGCCUCCCCGGCCCAGGCCCAGGCCCAGGCCCCGCCCGCCGCGCGGCUCGAGUACCGCAGCCGCGACCAGUUCAAGGCCUUGGCCCGAGCGCUCGGGGCGAUGGACGACCUGAAGUCCGGGGUCCCGCGGGCCGGGUAUCGGGGUGUAGUGACUGUGCUGUACCGCGGGAGGAGGGUGUACCUGGCCCCGCCCCCCGGCUGGACCGGAUAUGACACGUCCUGGACCUGAGAGGGUGGGGCUCAGUGACGGGAGGGGCUGUGUGAA